UGAUGCCUGGUCCCUGAUGGGAAACCUUCAUCUGGCCAAAAAUGAAUGGGGUCCUGGACAAAAGAAAUUUGAACGUAUCUUGAAGAAUCCCAGCACCACAAAUGACUCCUAUUCCCUCAUUGCCUUGGGAAAUGUAUGGCUAACAACACUACACCAGCCGAACCGUGACAAAGAAAAGGAGCAGAAGCACCAGGACCGAGCCCUUGCCAUGUACAAAACUGUCCUUCGUUCUGACCCAAGAAGCAUCUGGGCUGCUAAUGGCAUUGGUGCUGUAUUGGCUCACAAAGGUUACAUAAAUGAGGCACGUGAUAUAUUUGCCCAGGUGCGAGAGGCAACAGCUGAUUUCAGUGACGUUUGGAUGAAUAUUGCCCACAUCUAUGUAGAGCAGAAACAAUACAUCAAUGCUAUACAGAUGUAUGAAAAUUGCCAGAAAAAGUUCUUCAAAUAUCCAAAUGUAGAAGUUCUUGGGUAUCUUGCUCGAGCAUACUUCAAGGCAGUAAAGUUGAAGGAGGCAAAGUAUACACUUCUCAAGGCUCGUCAUGUUGCUCCACAUGAUACUGUCAUCCUUUACAACUUGGCACUGGUGUUGCAACGACUAGCCACACAAGUGCUUCGUGAUGAAAAAUCCAACCUGAAAACUGUGUUAGCAGCUGUACAUGAGCUGACCUUAGCUCAGAAGUACUUCCAACAUCUCAGUGUUAAUGGAGAUCGUCUGAAAUAUGACUUGGGGGCUGCAGCUGCAGAAGCCAGCCAGUGCCGUGACUUGCUGUCUCAGGCUCAGUACCAUGUGGCUCGUGCCCGCAGGCAGGAUGAUGAAGAAAAGGCACUCAGGCGUAAGCAGGAUGAAGAAAGGCAAGCUCUCAAGCAGAAGGUUGUGGAGGAGAGACAGAAGAUGGAAGAGAGGAGGAGGCUGAUGAUCGAAGAGAGGAUGAAAGCUCGAGAACAGUACAAGGAGAAGAUGAAGAAUGCUGUCAUCAUAAACGAACCAGUAGAGCCCUCAAGGAAAGGAGGAAGGGGCAGGAAGAGAGACGUGGAAAUCCUCUCAGACGGAUCAGGUGGAGGAAGUGGACCUGAAGGGGAGAGCCGGCCUAAGAAGGGCAGGGGAAGGAAGAAGAAGGAACCAGGGGAAAGGAAGAAACGAGGUAGGAAAAGCAAACAGGGAAGUGAUGAUGACGAUGAUGACCAGCCCCGAGGCCGCAAGAGAGGGAAGGGAGGAGCCAAGGGCAGAAAGAAGGCCUCAGAGGACGGUCUUUCAGCCAAACAGAAGGGACGUAUUGUGUCCAAGGCAACCAUUUCAGACUCAUCAGAUGACUCAGACAAUGAGCGCCUCAAAAUUGCCAGUGGAUCGGAUAGUGAAGGUGGAAAGAGCAAACGUCGUAGGGUCAUGUCAAAUUCAGAUUCCUCAAGGUCUCGCUCCAGGUCAAGAUCUGGCUCAAGGAAGUCCUCACGAUCAAGGUCUCGCUCGAGGUCUGGCUCAAGGUCACGUUCAGGGUCACGCUCAAGGUCACGUUCAAGAUCACGUUCAAGAUCAAAGUCUGGCUCCCGUUCCAGGAGUCGCAGCGGAUCCAGGAGAAGUGGCUCAGGAUCCCGAUCCAGGUCACGCAGUCGCUCUCGCUCUGGCAGUAGAUCCCAGGGUAGGUCAAGGUCUGGCUCCCGUCGCAGCAAAUCACGGUCAAGGUCAAGAUCAGGAUCAAGGUCAAAGUCAAGGUCACGUUCUAGAUCUAGAUCUGGCUCACCUCGCUCAAGGUCUGGCUCUCGUUCACCAGCUAGAUCAGGGUCAGGGUCUCCCCGAUCCAGGUCAGGGUCGCGGUCCCCUGCUAAAUCCGGGUCAGAGGUUGGCAGGGGGAGUGACAGUGAGUAAACUGGUGUUAGGGUUUUGGCUGUUCAGCAUUUUGGCUUCAUCCAUCUAUUAUUAAAACUGCAUAAUUUUUUUUGUGGUGGAUUUUAUUGUUUACAUAUUUCUUAUCAUUACAAAUUUGUCAUUGUGAGGAAUAUUCAUUGUCAUUAAAUGUAGGAGCAAGAUGUCAUACAGUUUUUUAGGUAAAGUACCUAAGUAUAGACAGGUUUUGUAAAGAAAUAUGGCUGUCUAUGUGUAGACAGAUUUUGUAGAGUUUUGGCUGUCUAAUCUACCUAUCAUGAAUCUAGAGAACAAUGAAAUAUCUACAGGUAUAAAGCACGGAUACAAUAGGUAUUAUGCAUUAUUGUUGAAUCCAAAAUUCCAUGAAAAUGCUACCUACUCUUGUGUAUGUGUGGGUGUGUACAUUGUUUCCAUGGACACAUUUACAUAUAUUUACACAUACGUGCGCUUACUGUUGAAUAGCUUACAUCAUAAAUGAAAGAAGUGGGCAUUGUUGGAAUGAUAAAGGUUGCAAUUUUGGAUUGAACUGAACUUUAAAUUCUGUCCAUUUUUAGGAAUUAUAUUGUCCCAGUUGUAUUUGCUGUUGAAAGUUUCAGGUGUACUUUUUUGGCCGGGAUACCUUUUCUAGUAGUACAAUACACAGUGUAUUCUUUGUAUUUGAGAUCAUAGUGAAGGAAAAUAUUACCAGUUCUCUUAAUGAUUAAUUAAAAAAUGGAUACAUAUUUUCAAGGAAAUCAUGGAUUCAAUACAUGAAUAAAACAUCAAAUCAUACUUAUGAAUUUAAUAAUGAAAAAGUAAUAUUAAGUACUGUACCCCCAAAAAUAUUAUUUAAUAAACUAAAAGUUUUU